GUGGGAAAAUGUGAAAUAACCAAGUAGCAAAAGGCACCUGCAGAGUCAGGGCAAGAGUAGUGCAGCAGUGGACGGAGCAGCAUGGCAGGGCUUCGGGUCUGUUCUGUUCUGGUGACUGGGGCCAACCGGGGAAUUGGCCUGGGGCUUGUGCGGCAGUUCCUGGGGAUGCCAAGCCCACCCGCAUGGGUCUUUGCAGCUUGUCGGGACCCCAAGGGACAGCGAGUGCAGGAGUUACAGAAUUUGGCAUCCAAGCACCCCAACCUGGUCAUCAUCCCACUCGAAGUCACUGACCCUGCCAGCAUCAAGGCAGCUGCAGCCAGAGUUGGGGAGCACCUGGGGGGCUCAGGGCUGAACCUCCUCAUCAACAAUGCUGGAAUCACCAAGCUGAACUCACUUGAUAAUGAGACGCUGGAGAACAUGACACGGAUUUACACCACCAACACAGUUGGGCCCCUGCUGCUGGGCCAGGCGUUCCUGCCCUUGCUGAAGAAGGCUGCCCAGGGGAGCCCGGGCUCAGCGCUGAGCUGCAGCAAGGCAGCCAUCAUCAACAUGUCCAGCUAUGGGGGCUCCAUCGCUUCUCCCUCUGGUUGGGAUCUGAUGCAAAUUGUCUCGUACCGCUGCAGCAAGGCUGCUCUGAACAUGCUGACCAAGUGCCAGUCCCUGGGGUACCGGGAGCAUGGCAUCCUCUGCGCUGCUCUCCACCCUGGCUGGGUGCAAACCGACAUGGGGGGCUCCAUCGGACAGACGCCCGCCGUGACAGUGGACGCCAGCGUGCGAGGGAUGCUGAACGUGCUCUCCUCCCUUGCUGAGAAGGACACCGGCACCUUCUUGGACUGGCAAGGGAAGGUCGUGCCCUGGUGAGAUGCCGGCCUGGCCUCCUGGCAGUGGGGCCCUGUGCUGCUGCUCCCACCUGCCCCACGUCCUCAAUAAACCCCUGCCUGAG